UGCGGUGCGCGCGAGAACGAGAACCCUGUGGCUGAAGCUGAGCGGGCACGUUUUGGAUUUGCGAUCAAUGAGCGAAGCCUGGGAUAUGGAUAGGUGUUAAGUCUAUAACAGCUGUUAAUUUAUUUUUGUCGCCGUUAUUAUUAUUAUUAUUAUUAUUAUUAUUAUUAUUAUUAUUAGAAAACGCAUCCAGGGAGGGAAACUACACUAUGAAAACUGGUUAAAGAGAAAACACCACACAAGCAGGAGGAACAUAAUGUGAACUGUGAGUGUGCUUGACGGAAAAGCGGAGCGGAGGAUAACAUCAUCUACGCAAGGGUGACAGUGGGUAGAAAACUUGGAGAAAGAAAAACAACGUGGACGAGAGCAAAAAGAGAAAAGGAGGGAGAGAAAAGUCUCGUCUUGGCUGUUGUCGGUUCAGCGCCAUGAAUCAUGAGUAACGACAGUAACGGAGUUGGAGGGCUUCAGCCUCUCUGGAACAUCAAUGGCUCAUUGCUCAACCAAACGACUGACCUGUUCUCCAACACAUCCUGCAACAUAUCCACCAAUGAUUCAACAUCUUGUUCUGCUGUUGAGAGUGGAGUGGGAACAGGAAGUCCAUACAAAGCUUUGGAGAUGUUUUUUAUUGCUAUGGUUACAGGAUCGUUGAGCUUUGUGACUGUUACAGGAAAUAUUUUAGUCAUGCUCUCCAUCAAAGUGAACCGUCACCUACAAACUGUCAAUAACUAUUUCCUGUUUUCAUUAGCAUGCGCUGACUUGAUCAUCGGUGUUUUCAGUAUGAAUUUGUAUACAGUCUACAUUAUUGUUGGCUACUGGCCACUUGGGCCGGUGGUCUGUGACUUGUGGCUAGCUUUAGAUUAUGUUGUGUCAAACGCCUCUGUGAUGAAUCUGUUAAUUAUCAGCUUCGAUCGAUAUUUCUGUGUGACCAAACCCCUUACGUAUCCCACAAGAAGGACAACUAAGAUGGCAGGAUUAAUGAUUGCAGCGGCUUGGAUCCUGUCAUUCAUCUUAUGGGCUCCUGCCAUCUUGUUCUGGCAGUUCAUCGUUGGACAGAGAACGGUGCCACCUGGAGAGUGUUAUAUUCAGUUCCUUUCUAAUCCUGCUGUGACAUUUGGAACAGCAAUAGCAGCAUUUUAUCUCCCUGUCAUCAUCAUGACAGUGCUAUACAUCCAUAUCUCCCUGGCCUCAAGGAGCAGGGUCUCCAAACACAAACCGGAGAAGAAAGAAAAGAAGGGAAUGAAAACUCCCUGCCUAAUGAAUAGUCACCUGUUGAAGCAGAACAACAACAAUGAGACCAGUCCUCAUGCCAGUCCCCACUCAACUCCAAAACUCAGUUUGGACUCCACCACCACUGCACUGGAUGCUGUGAAGAAUGGAAAAGUGGAUGAAUCAAAAGCUGCUGAGCCUCAGCCUCUGGCACAGCCAAGACUCACACAGGAAGAAAAAGAGAGCUCCAAUGAUUCCUCCACAGCUUUUAUUCCCCCCAGAGAACCAAAGGACAAUUCCAACAACCAAAUAACAUCUGAGGUGCUAGCAAACCCCACUCCAGUACCGACAACAACCAAUUCUGCCAUCCACAAGAUCAAUCCCUCUUCAAGGUGGUCCAAGUUAAAGAUUGUGACAAAGCAGUCUGGGGAUGAAUGCAUCACAGCUUUAGAGAUCGUUCCACCUGUAGAUGGAGCCGAGAGGCAUUCAAUCCCAAUCAGCCGUCCUCGAACUGUGGCAAGAAAAUUUGCAAGCAUUGCUAGAAGCCAAGUGAGAAAGAAAAGACAGAUGGCUGCCAGAGAAAAGAAAGUAACCAAGACUAUCUUUGCCAUCCUGCUGGCUUUCAUCAUAACAUGGACACCGUAUAAUGUGAUGGUGUUGAUCUCAACCUUCUGCCAGUCCUGUGUCCCUGAUACAGUGUGGGCAAUUGGCUACUGGCUGUGUUAUGUCAACUCUACUAUCAACCCAGCUUGUUAUGCACUGUGCAAUGCCACAUUUAAAAAGACUUUCAAGAACCUGUUGCUAUGCCAAUAUAAAAAUAUAGGAACAAGAUAAGAUAGAAGGAGGAUAUUUGAGAUAGGAUGGAAGGCAAAGCUGUAAAUCAUUGCAAGAAGUUGUGCGAAAGAAAAAUGAAGGAACUGAAUGAAGAAUAGCAGAACUGGGUGAUGGGUGCCUUCUGAAGAGACCAGAAACUUGGAGCAGAUUAGUAAAUGUAUUUAUUCUACAAAUGAAUGAGUGCUCCCUAUUCAUACAGUCCAAGCAACACGUGAGUGUAAACCAGAGAUUAUUUUAUUCUUUUACCUGUCAAGCUACCCAAAAUUGCACUGUGAGUAGAAAUUUGGUUUCACUAACACAGAAAUUAAUUUCAAAUGAAGAUGUAGAUGCUAUAAAAGGAGAGGUCAGUGAUUGGAUCUGCGUGGUGAUGCGUGAGAAUGUGGCCGAGAAAGUGGCUUUGCCUGAUCUGUGCUGUGUGUAUGUACAUACGUAUGUAUGU